UCGCGGCUUUCAUCAACCACGCUAUGUCGAACAACGCGCUGCCCGGCAAACGGCUAAGAUCCGGCUCUAUUGAUGAUGAAAGAAUGCGACCCAGAAAAAGGACCAAAUUCGAGCCAGUUACAUUUAUUUGGAGUGAAGGAAGUUUGUUGAUAGAAAAUCAAAUACUAAAAAUAAAGUUGAAUCGCUUAAUAAAAGAGCUGAAAGAAUUGAAGAUCCAGAGAGAUCGAGGCGAUGUUCGAUCCGCUCCAGAAACGCCAAUGCUUGCUGAAAGCGACUGCCCUCCGUUUCGGAAUAUCGCCACGCACAGAAAUUCCGAACUACUAUCCCAUACCGAAAUACUCAACGAGCCGUAUGUUUUUUUCUUAUUCCACUACUAUUUAGCCUUGUUUUAAUUCAGUAAGUGAUGCGGGCUCUUACCGCUAUGGCCAUAUUAAACUCGUAACAGUAACAGGUUUCGAAACGACAUCGUACCGGAACGCUAUAUCGCUUGGC